AUGGUAAAUUGGAAUCUGGUAUUCUUCUAUGCCAGUCUCAUUGGCUCAAUACUGGUGCUUCUCUACUUAUGUUACAGGUUCUUCUACAAAAGAUACACAGUUGAAUCAAACAUACCAAAUGGCGCAUCCUUCUCAGUCCGAGUCACACGAGUUGGAGAUGGAGACGGAUUCAAGGCCAUUCACAAGCCAAUGCUAAGAAGCACGAGGAUAUUCGGCAAACAGGGCGUGGUGAAGAAGGAGUUGCCUACGUUAAGCUUCAGGUUGGCUGGAAUUGAUGCACCAGAAAUCAGGGCAUUUGGAAAGCCAGAACAGCCUCACGCCAGGGAGUCCAAGGUCUUUCUUUCCUACCUUGUUUUGUACAAGAAGAUCAAGGUUAAGGUCGUAGGCCAUGACCACUACGGAAGACUCAUCGUAGUCGCCUAUGUUGGAACAUGGCUGUUCAGGAAGUGCGUGAACCUGAUGCUCGUUGAGACUGGGAUGGCCUGCGUCUACGUCGGUGCCAAUGCGAUGUACGGUGGAUACAAGGAGACCAUGCUGAGCAUGCAGAAGCACGCUCAAAGAAGGAGACUUGGAAUGUGGACGAAUAGAAACGCAAUCACCCCAAUGGAGCACAAGAAGAUGUACAGGAAGAUAUGA